AUGCCAGCCAGCGACAACAGCAAGAAAGGCCCGACCUAUUUGGCCAACCAUGUGAAUGGCAACUCCCCUUCUACCGAACUUCCUGGUCAAUCGGAGCCCUCCGUUGGAGUGUCUGCUGUUCCAUUCGGGAACGACGACUACCACGGCAUUGACAAGUGGUUCGAGAAGGACAAGGAAGAGGAAGCCGAGGAAAUCGAUCUGGAGGAAGACGAGCUCAAUGCAUGCGAUAAUAACAGUUUCAACUUGGAAUGCGAAGAUGAUUCCAGCCUCAGCACCAAUGCUGGAAGAGAAGAAGCUGUUCGUCAAGGCUUGUAUGGUUUGAUUGAGGAAAAAAUCCAAAAUGGAAUAUUCCAAUACAUCUUGGCUACGCUUGCUGCUGUCUGGAAGUUCAUUAUGAAGAAGUGCAGGGGUGGCACAGAUGAGGAUGAUGCGGCUGGUCUUGCCAUGGACGCAGUGAAUGAUAUUAACCCAACCAACUUGAAUAACGCAGGCUCGACUCAUUUCGGUCAAGGUGGAGCCGGUGGUGGAGGAGGAACCGGGGGCGCUGGUGGCGGAGCCAGCAGUGCUGGCGUGUCGAGUGCCAGUGCUGGAGGUGCCUCUGGUGCUGGAGCAGCCCAGGCUACAGCUUUGGUUGGGCAAAUGGCUACACAGGCAGCUGUCAGUGCCGCUGGAGCAUCUACUGCUGCAGCUUCAACCGCAGCUGCUGCCAGCGCCAGCAUUGCAACCACUAUUGCGAGUGCUGUAGCAUCUGCUAGUGUGGCAUCUCAAGUUGGGGUGACUGUUGGUGUUGCCGCUGUAACAGCAGCAGCAGUAAGUACUGGUGUGGGUAUCACUCCGACAGGCAACACCACUGCCACUGUCGUGAAAGUAGAUGCAUUCGUGCCCCCAACCUGUUCACUGACUGCGGAACUCAAGCAAGGUAUUGUGGAAUUGAAGAUUCAAGGCAUGCCAGAGGAUGCCCUGCCAGAGCAUACGGACAGCCUAGAAGGAAUCUUUCGUGAUCUCUACAACAAUAUUACCGGCAUGUGCUUGGAUCCAUUUUCACGGGUAUUGCACAGUGCCGAACUCCUAGGUUGGAGUACCAAAGAUGCUGUGGUUUUUCUGGAUGUCAUUGCCCCGACAUCGUCAAAUGGGACCUCAGCCAACGAUACAGCCACCAAUCAGCGGACUCAAGUCAUUACAAGCCUAGGUGGCACCAAUGGGACAAACAACAGUGCAACUUUGGAACAAGCCAAUGGUACUACUCCCACAGCAAAUAAUGGCAGCAGCAUUGUUCCCAGCUUGUCUAGGCGUAGCCUGCAGCUGAAAACCAACAUCGACUCGUCCCAGUUCUUUCCAUUGUUUGCUGCCUCAUUUGGUUACAAUGUUGAGCCAGUGUUGUUUGAGGCAGAUUCAACAGAUGGACCAGAGCAGGCAGCAAGGAGAGGAACGAUGCAGGUCGUCUUUGCCACUACAAAGGUCGCUUCGCCAGGAGGGGGUGUGGGAGAUCAGCAAAAUGCAGUUGUUCUCUCCAUUGGUCAAGAUGUGAUCCAGCCUUAUGUUGAGACAGUGGAAGAGAACAAAGGGACUAUUAUGACUCCAUUCAUAUCUGAGGAGUUGUCAUCGCUCUCACAGUGUGUCUCUGCGGAUGAGGAUCCAGAACUUCCCACGGACAAUGAUGAGUUGUGCAAGCAGCUACAACAGCUUCUUGCUGCUGAGGACAACGGAGAUGGAGCAGCCAUUGACCCUGAUGUCUUGGUGGCAUGUCUGCAGACCCCAACAGUCCCAGCCUGUCAAGAAAUAUUGGCCACUGCCAUUGACUCAGUUAGCAGCAAUGAACCACCCUCUACUGAGAGUGUUGCUGCAGGUACUGAAGAAAAUGGUAGUCACGGGGGUGGUAGUAUUGAGCCACCCUCUACUGAGAGUGUUUCUGGCAACACAGAGGGUGGUGAUUCAUCCUUUGAUAUCGAUUCUGGUACUGGACAGGAAGCAGACGAAGAGGAUGUCACCGACGCCGCAGGCAGAGACGAAGACACAUCUGGAAGCAGUCCCGUGGUCAACAGUGGUAUUGGCAAUGGUGGUGCAGGUAAUGAUGAAGACGGUAGUCAACUGGGUGGCAGUAAUCAACCACCCUCCAGUGAAAGUGUUUUAGGCUACACAGAGGAUGGUGAUUCUUCCUUUGAUACUGGUUCUGGAACCGGACAGGGAGUGGGUGGAGAGGAUGUUACUGGUUCUGGAACCGGACAGGGAGUGGGUGGAGAGGAUGUGACCGCAGGUAGAGACGAAGACACAUCUGGAAGCAGUCCCAUGGUCAAUAAUGAUAACGUUGCUACAGGUACUGAAGAAGAUGGUAGUCAAGUGGGUGGUAGUGACACCGGAAAUGGAAAUGGGGAGGAAUCAGGAAGCAGUCCCGCAGAAAAUGGCCAUGCGAUGUCUACCCUGGAUGGCAACACUGUGGGGAAUGCACCAGCUUCCUCUGUGCUGGCUCCUAAUGCCCCCACUAGCAGCAUGGGACAAAGUCCAUCUGGAUCAGAAGGCAAUUCUCCAGACGGCAUUCAGCCGUCUCCUCAUGUGCCCUCGAGUCAAGCAGGAGCCCCAGGGCCAGGGCCCACUCCAAAUGGUCAAGGUGAGAUUGGAUUUUCUGGUACAAGUGGGUCUGGACCCUCAACAGUCACAGGCUUUGGUGGCAAUUCUCCAGAUGCAACAGCUAGUCAUCUACAUGCCCCAAAUGCUCCUGCUGCUCAUCCUCAAAAAGAGGCCACCAAUGGAAUGCCUGCUAAUCCAGGAGAGAUUUUGACUCAAGUGAGCCCUGUGGGCAUUGGAGUCGCUGCCCCUUCUGGUCCAAGUGCUUCAAAAGCAUCUGGCCCCACUGGACUUGACAACACUGUGGCUAUGAUCAACCCUGUUGCAUCUCCUAUUGUCACGCAACAAGCCAAUGGGCCUUUGAAUGCCAGUCCCUCCAUCCCCAUACACUCAAGCCCAAGUUCCAGUGCUAAUAAUGCAGAGGUCCCAUCAUUGGCAUUACCAAACGCUUCACCCAGUCUUUUGGCAAUGCCCUCCGAAAUGAGUCAAUCAAGUGGUCUCCCUGGAGUACCAUCAACACCCAGCCAAAUUUACAGAGGAAUUCUCUCUCCAGAGUCGGCUACAUCACUUUUGGCUUUUUCAAGUACUACUGAGUUCCUUCAUGCAGCACCUCAAGCAUCAAACCCUGUAGCCCACACUCCCACCCACCUCCCAACCGACGAAAAGACCAACACCACAACCCACUUUCCGGCCAACUGA